GUCACUUUGAAGUUUCUUGUUAUAUCAGGCAGCUCGCUUCAAAACGAGAAAAAUGACGAAACUGACACAUUGACAUCAAUUUCUUAAAAUGUUUGCAAAUUCCUACCAAAGCGGCUUCAUUUCAAUAUUCUAUAGCGUAGGAAGUAAUCCACUUGCAUUAUGGGACAAGCAGGUAAAGAACGGACAUAUCAGACGAAUUAUGGACGAUGAUGUGAAGUCGUUAGUUUUGGAAAUAUCUGGAACAAACGUAGCGACCACUUAUAUAACAUGCCCCAUAAAACCACGAGCUUCACUUGGAAUCAGAUUACCUUUUCUUAUUAUGAUUAUAAAGAAUAUGAAAAAGUACUUUACAUUUGAAAUUCAAAUAUUAGAUGAUAAAGACAUGCGUAGAAGAUUUAGAAUAUCAAAUUUUCAAUCGUCCACCAAAGUGAGACCGUUUUGUACAACGAUGCCAAUGGGACUCAGUUCUGGCUGGAAUCAAGUUCAAUUUAAUUUAGCUGAUUUUACGAAACGAGCGUAUGGUACAACAUACAUGGAAACAAUGAGGGUCCAGAUACAUGCAAACGUUUGCAUUAGACGUGUAUAUUUCACCGACACCCUUUACACAGAUGACGAGUUACCAGCUGAAUUUAAGUUGUUUGGCCCCAUACAAAAGAAGAAAGAAGAAAAGAAACCGUCUAAAGAACAACUCGUCAAACACGAAGAGGAAAAAGCUGCAGAAGAAAUACCGCCUCCGCCUUCUCCUGUAGACGUAACGGGUACUGAGGAACAUAUAGAAGAAGCACCAUCGGAAGCAGCACACGAAGAAAAAGUGGCUGUACCAGAAGAAGAAGAUACUGAAAAAGUGAGAGUGUCACAUGAAGAAAUUGAAACACCAGCGGAAGCUCAUUUAGAGGACGAAGUACCUCCAGAAGAAAAGAAAAAAUCAGAAGAUAUUACAGCAGAAGAAACUACACACGAAGGUACAGAAGACGAACUUGAAUUUCACGAACUAUCUGAAUCUGAAGCACCACCAGAGGGAGGCGAGGAAGUACCAACCGUCGAUGUGGAGGGUACAGAAGUUACUGCAGAAGUUGCGGAAACCGCAGAAAAGCCUGAGGAUGAGGGCGCUGUUCCUACUGCCGAAGGUGAAGCACCUCCUCCACCGGUUGAAGGUGAAGAAACUCGUACCGAUGUUACAGAAGCUCAGACUGAAGUCGUGGAAAGUCAUGUCGAAACCGAAGUAGUCACUACUGAAGGAGGAGAAACUGUUACCGAAGUGAUGACAGAAGUCACUACAGAAAUGGGCGAUACCACUGACGAACCUGCUACAACCGAUGAACCUCCUUCUGACGUAGAAAAUCUAGACUAGAUAUUGUUAAAGUUGUUUAAGAAAUAUUUGUGUCCAAUGGAAUAA